AUGUCCGGCCUCGAAAUCCUCGGCGUAGCAGCCAGCAUCCUCCAGAUCGCCGACCUCGGCGCCACCGUCUCCGUCAAGCUGUGCACCUUCUACCGCCAGCUCAAAUCCGCCGACCACGCGGCGCAGAGUCUCUCAAGCGAGGUCGCGCUCACCUGUAGCAUCCUCCGUCAGCUAGGCGAGAAUCUGAAGCAGGACGAGCAGACGCGGCUGUAUUCUGCGCAGGCGUUCGAGACGGCGCAGGAGGUGCUGCGGGAGUGCGAGAAGGUUUUUAAGCGGAUUAGCGCGGCGGUUGAUGAGUCGCGGGCGGAUGCGACGAAGAAUGCGAUUCAGCGGGCGGCGAGGCGGUUUGGGUUUGUGUUGAUGGAGAGGGAGCUGGACAUGUUGAAGGGGAAUCUGGAGAGGUUGAAGUCGACGAUGUUGCUUCUGUUGAAUGUGAUUAUGUAUGCGGGGCAGUUGCGGGGUCGGGCCGAGUUGUCUGUCCGCCAGGAGCAGAAGGACUUGAUCAAGGUGCUGGUGGAGGAGAAGAAGGCAAGCGAGGCGCGACUCGCGGAAUUGAGGCGAUUCGAUCAAUUGGUCAAGGAUAUUGAGUCUGCCGAUAUCAACAGCUCUCAGGGAUCAGCUGGGCAAGAAGCGCUACCUCCGUACGAGUCCCUGGCACAGGAGGACGCAUUACGUGAACUGCGGACGUAUCACCGGCUCGUUAAGCGGCUACUCCAAGAAGUGGAUGCGUGCAGAUCGGGCAUUGAGCGGAGCCGGUAUUCGAGAUUCAGGAACGGAGUGGUCAAGGUGCAUGCAGCCGAGGUUGAGGCGUUUCGACGGGCUCACGGCGAGAUUGUUACUCGAUUAUUCGAGGAUCCGCUGUUUAGUCUUGUUCCUGAGACGGAUGUCGUCGAUACACAGAAUCAAGAGGAUGACGAGAUUGAGGCUGAAAGGCGACGCCGCAAAGAAGAAAGAGCGAAAAGAAGACGAGACGAGGAAUUUGCACACCAUGGGAGUUUCCCUUCCGAGCCAUACGAUAGAGAUCGUCUACCUUCACAGUCAUCGGGCUUUAACCCGUACGCUGGUCAGAUCGAGCAUUCUACUCCGAUGAUGGAAAUGACCAAUCCCUAUCCGCCGCGUGGCAGAGCUUUCGGCGACUACGAAGGAACUAUUGAGGGCGUUCCUCGGCGUAUCGGUCCCAACAUGGCCUCUGUUCAUGCUCCGUCGGAAGGCCAGUCUAUUACCAGAACAACCAGGCGGCAGGUCAACCACAUUGCUCGGCAACGACAGGCUCCUUCCAGGGGCAAGGUAACGGCAUUGGCUGGAUACGAGGUCUAUUUUGAUAUGCCAGUUCCUGCUGUGAACAUAGAGCUAGAAGCCAAGAAAGCUGCUGAUGCGGAGGUGGACGAUUUACUUCUGAAAUGGACCACUAUAGCAGAAUGA